ACAUCAUGGACUUUCGACCCGGCGCGAGACCGCGACAACCACGGCUUGACGACCGAACAAUGCGACGCGGCCUUCCCUGAGCUUUACCAUCAGAUUGAUAUCUCACUAGAUCACUGGAAGGGUACAAAGAUCGAGAGCGACAACAUCAAGCUACUAGGAGGGAACGAUGGCGGUGUCCGGUUUCUCAUCCACGAUCAGCAACUUCGAAUCAUCGAAACACGCGGGCUCCAUCGAGAAGACUUUCGUCACCGAAUCAUCGCGAUCGCACAGCAGAUCCUGCGCGCCAUCGCGGCCGCCGAAGCCGCGAAUGAACCUCUGCCAGAUAUUGAAUUCACCAUCAUCGUGGACGACAAGCCUUACCUCCACAAAGAUCCCUCUGCUGCGCUGUGGAGUUUCGCGAAGCAGCAAGCCAACAAAAUCCACGACAGUAUCUGGCUCGUCCCAGACUUCCACUUUUUCGGCGCGCCUCCAGAAGCUGAGAGUUUCCGUCUCAUGCAGACUCGAGCCCGGCAGCACGACGCUCCGCUCGAGAGAAAAAUCCCCAAAGUGGUCUGGCGAGGCGUGGAAUGGACAAAUCAAAACCUGAGAAAGCCUCUGCUGAAGGUCACAGCUGGCAGGCCAUGGGCUGACGUGGAAGCGAUGAAGUGGAAAGAUCCGAACAGUGUGAUCCCCAUGGACGAAUUCUGCAAGUAUCGCUACGUGGUCAACACCGAAGGUCGCUCGUGGUCGGCUCGUUUGACGCACCUGCUCAACUGCGACUCGCUCGUGCUGGUGCACGAUGUUGAAUGGGUGGCGCACUACUAUCACCUCUUCGACACGCUCAACAACUGCGUGAGAGUCGAGCGGGACUGGUCGGACUUGGAAAGCACGAUUGCGUAUUACGACAAGAACCUCGACGAGGCACAGAAAAUCGCGAACCGGACGAAAGAGAUGUUCAGGGAUCGAUAUACCACACCUGCGGCCACGGCUUGUUAUUGGAGGAAGCUCAUGCGCGCCUGGAGCACUGUUGCUUUCGAGCCAAAGGUGAUCGACGAGACGAAGAAGGGAACGAUAAGAUUGAGAGGCACAUCGUUUGAGGAGUUCAUGUAA